GCCAAAAAUCAUCAUCAUCGCGCACCUGCAAAGUGACGUAAAAACAAAAAUUUACUGCAGCGUGUUAACAUCUGUUUGCUACACAUUUGCAUGUGCAAAAAUAUGUCGUGGAGGCUGUCUAAUUCAGACAACUGUUGUGACUGAGGAAACGAGGAUGGCUGGCGGUGAUGAUGACGAAAAUGCGAACACUUGCGUGGUGUGCUUCAAAGAGUCGGAGAUCUUUUCUGUGGGCGAAUGUGAUCACCCUGUAUGCUUCGAGUGCUCCACUCGAAUGCGUGUGCUCUGCCAGCAGACUGAGUGCCCUAUCUGCAGACAGGACAUGCCCAGGGUGGUGUUUGCGGAGGAAGUGAAGCCAUAUAAAAAGCAGCAGCAGAGGUUUUUUGAAAAAAAGUACAAAAUCGGGUUCUCGAGUUCCACGGCAGAAGAAGCGUACCGCCAACUGCUGCGGCACUCGUGCAAGAUGUGCGCCAACCAACCUGAGUUCCGAACCUUCAAUUUACUUAAGGACCACAUGCGCAAGGAACAUGAGCUCUUCUACUGUGAUCUUUGUGUAGCCAAUCUUAAGAUUUUUUCGUGUGAGCGUCGCUGCUACAAACGCCCGGAGCUGGCUCAACAUCGUAGAAGGGGUGACCCUGAUGACCGCUCGCACCGUGGCCACCCUCUCUGUGAAUUCUGUGAUGAAAGGUUCAUGGACAACGAUGAGCUGUACCGCCACAUGAGGCGCACUCACCAUUAUUGUCACUUCUGUGAUGCUGAUGGAUUCAAUCGAUACUUUCCUACAUACGAAUUUUUGAGGGAUCACUUUCGCUCAGACCACUAUUUAUGUGAAGAGGGCGAGUGCAAGGAGGAAAAAUUCACCUCCGUGUUCAGGUCGGACAUUGACCUCAAGGCGCACAGAGCCUCUAUCCACGGCAGGGCUUUAGGCAAGGCAGCUACCAAACAGGCUCGAACUCUGGAACUAGAGUUUACCCUGGCGCCCAGGCCAAGAGGCUCUGCAAGUCAUGCUCACAGAAGACAACAAAACAAUGAGGAUAGUGAGGGUGCAGUAGGUUUUCAAGAGCCUGUUGUGGUGCAGCAACCAGUCCGUCCCAAUUUGCACGAAGACAAUUUUCCUUCUCUGGGUGGCUCUAUUUCAUCUACGCCACCUUCUUCAGCCACCAAUGUGAUUAGAUUCAAGGGUGGUGGCACACGAUUAAACAUGACAGAGGAAAACUUUCCAUCUCUCUCUGCCGAAUCAUCAAACGUGAACAUUAGUCUCCAGCGCGGCCCUGUCAAUAACAGAGCUAAUAACCUUUCAAACAACUUUUCAAUCAAAGUUCAGCAUAAAAGGAGACCAGAGACCUCGGCGCCUCCAAGUUCUUCGGGCGCGCCUCUUCAAAGAGGUCUUGCUGACUUCCCUUCCCUCGCAGCUCCUGCCAAGCAAAUGCCAGUAGCUAGCAGUUGGAAAGGCAAAGUUGUUCCUAAGGGAAAUGUAGUCGGCAAAGUUGUACCGCAGAACCAAAGUCAAUCUACUCAGCAACAUAGCCAAAGCAACUUGCUUGGUUCAAAUGUUGAUGGCAAAAGCAAAGUCACAGUGAAGCCUCCGUCCUUUGUCGCUCCAGCAGACGUUAGUAAAGCGGAGGAGAGCAAAUCAAGUAAAUCAAAAAAGAAGAAAAAUAAGGGACGACAGAAUUCCACAAGUCCUCUGCCACAAGUAUCAUCAAACUCUUCAGUAAAUUCGGCUACAUCAAGUGGGACAAAGAGUAAAAAAACAGAGGACCGUAAAUGCUCGGAGCUGCAAAUUGGAGCCCUGCAAGAAGAUUUGGCAUCACCAGCCCCAUCAGUUGCUCCUCCACCAGGGUUUGCAUGUGUGCAGACCCCUGUCAGUCCACCACCUGGCUUCUCAGUCACCCUUAAUUCUGUUGCCCGUCCCGCCAAUGGCCUCACUUUUACUAAUAGUUGCGGAGAGAGUUUUCCAAUAAGACAGACUGCUGGUGUUUUUAUACAACCGACCAAUUCAAAGGAGAGGAACUCUCAGUUGGUGCAGCGGAUACAAGCUCUGCAGACAGAGCCAGAGGGUUUCAAUAAGUUUUGCCAGAUGUCCUCUAAAUUCCGUCGAGGUCAGAUAGAGGCGCUCGAGUAUUACAACCACUGUAGAGAGUCUGUCGGCGACAAAGAGUUUGUCAGAAUUUUCCCAGAAUUAUUGGCUCUCUUGCCUGACAUCAGAAAACAACAGGAGCUUUGGCUGGCACAUGGUCAAAAAGGUGAUUUCAUUGAGUGUGUGACUUGCGGCCAGGUAUUGAGUUCCAAGGACAAGAAAGCACACAUAGACAGCCACGUGCUCAACAAUAAUUUCCCAUCGCUGUCUCUAAAUGACGGCGCACCCAAGACGCCAACAUGGACACUUUCAAAAAAAUGACCAAUAAUUAGUAAAGAAGACAAAUUAAUCCAUGUUUAUACAACUUUGAUACGAGUGCUUAUAGCAAUAAGAACAAAAAUAUAUUGCGCUCAUUCUGUUACACUUCUGCCUCGUUAAGUGAAAUAAAUUAUUUCAAUAAAAUGUAA